AUGUCUUCUGUAACUCCAUACACGAUCGCUGUCCCAGACGAGCAACUCCAGCGGCUCCACCAGAAGCUGGAACACGCAUCAUUCCCCGAUGAGCUCGAUGCCUCGGGCUGGGAUAUGGGUGUUCCCCUCAAUGAAAUCAAGAGACUUGUCACUGUCUGGCGUGACAGUUUUGACUGGCGUGCGCAAGAAACCAAAUUGAACGAGCAAUUCGAGCAUGUCAAUGUUAAAGUGGGAGUAGAUGGGUUCGGGAAGCUUGAUAUACAUGCCGUGCAUCACCGCAGCGAGAACCCCAAUGCGAUUCCAUUGCUGUUUAUUCAUGGAUGGCCAGGAAGCUUCCUUGAAGCAACCAAGCUGAUCCCGCUGCUCACUCAAGACAACGAGGAUAGCCCAGUCUUCGACAUUGUGGCACCCUCAUUGCCCAAUUUCGGUUUCUCACAGGGAGUCAACAAGAGAGGCUUCGGACUAGCCCAAUACGCCGAAACCCUCCACAAAGUAAUGACAACGCUAGGCUACGAAGAAUACGCAAUCCAAGGUGGCGACUGGGGCAGCAUGAUAGCACGCAGCAUAGCCCAAUUCUACCCAGAACACACGCAAGCAAUCCACCUAAACUUCAUCCCCGUCAUCCCACCUUACCCCUGGCGAAGUCCCUACCAAUUCCUAAAAUCACUCCUAUCAGUCCCCUUCUCAGCGAGAGACCGCAACUUCAUUGCCAAGUCAGUGGGGUAUUUCACCCGCGAAAAUGCGUACAUGAAAGUGCAAGAGACCCGGCCCCAGACACUGGGGUAUGGGCUUCAUGACAGUCCUGUUGGCUUGCUCGCUUGGAUUUAUGAUAAGAUGCAUUCCUGGUCGGAUGGAUAUCCCUGGACUGAUGAGGAGAUUUUGACUUGGGUGAGUAUUUAUUACUUUUCUACUGCUGGGCCGAUGGCGUCGACGAGGAUAUAUUAUGAGGCUUCGGCGCCGAAGCGGGAUGAUGAACAGACCGAGGGGGAAGGUGAGGAUGAUAAGCUGGAAAAGGUGGAUUCGAGGUAUAUUUCACUUUGGCAGGUAUUUGGGGCGAGGGCUCCGCAGAAUGUGCGCUUUGCUGUGGCGCAGUUUGCAGAGGAACUAAUUAUGUUUCCUUUUGCUUGGUAUCGGUCUAUUGGAAAUGUGGUUAGGGAGACGGAGUAUGACCAUGGUGGUCAUUUCGCUGCCUGGGAGGUGCCAGAGUUGCUGGCGGCUGAUUUGAAGGCAUUCCUGGGUAUGGAUGGACCGGCCUACGGAGCUGUGGCGGGCAGGGAUGGCUAUUGA